UUUCCAUUAUUCAAAUGUUGCUGUACCUAUAAAAAGGAGUGCCUGCGUGCGUCAGAUAGUUUUCUCCAAUGGGUAAAGGUGACUAAAUAGUUGUCUCUCCAGUCGCAUCCUAUCUACAGGGGAAGAGAUGACGCAGGACUCCGGUGGAGUCCAAAUGGCUCGUGCGCUGAAGCAUGCAGCGCUGUGCCUGAUGCUGCUGCCCAGGUUCCUCCUGGCCGCUGUCAUGCUGUGGCUCCUGGAUUUCUUGUGCAUCAGGAAAAAAGUGCUGCACAAAAUGGGAGAGCGGCAGGACAGCCCGGAGGACCCGCCGGUGUGCGUCUCCGACUCCAAUAAGAUGUUCACGCUGGAGUCCCUCAGGGCCGUGUGGUACGGGCAGAAAUUAGACUUUUUCAAAUCAGCGCACCUCGGGCGCACUGCGCCCAACACCGAGGUGGUGCUGGUCCAGGAGCGGCGGCGGGUCAGGAUCCUGGACUGCAUGAAAGGGAAGCGACCGCUCAUUCUGAACUUUGGCAGCUGCUCCUGACCGCCAUUCAUGACGCGCCUGGCUGCGUUCCAGCGCGUCGUGAACCAGUACGCAGACAUUGCGGACUUUUUAGUUGUAUAUAUCGAGGAGGCGCAUCCGUCGGACGGCUGGGUGAGCUCGGACGCGCCGUAUCAGAUCCCGAAGCACCGCUGCUUGGAGGACAGACUGACAGCUGCCCAGCUGAUGCUCACAGAGCUGCCGGGAGGAAACGUGGUGGUGGAUGACAUGGACAACUCGUCCAACGCCGCGUACGGAGCCUACUUUGAGAGACUUUACAUCAUUAGGGAUGAGAAGGUGGUGUAUCAGGGGGGCAGAGGUCCAGAGGGAUACAGAAUAUCCGGGCUGAGGAACUGGCUGGAGCAAUACAAGAGCGAUCUGAUGAAUUCCCGAACAGCGGUGCUGCAUGUGUAGUUUAAGAUGCUCCAACUGUCUGAAGUGCUCGUUCGUGUCCAAUCCACAGUGCAACUAUUAAGAUGCUGCUAUUAUCUAAUGUACACAUGGACUUUUUUUUGCAUAACAAUUUACAGAACACGGUGUCAAAAUAGCUGAAAGUCAUGUGUGAGUCUAUAUCCGGGCUGUUUAGUCUGGAUUAUUGUACAUGUCUUGAUUUCUUUUAACUCAUAUAUAGUUAUAGCGAUUUUCUUUUAUUUAUUUUUUUUAUUUUGUAUGGAAAAGUCUUGAACCGGUUGAUGCUGGAUUCACAUAGUAAUCACUCUAUUUUUCUACAGUGUGUGUGCGCGUGUGCGUGUGUGUGUGUGUGUGUGAGUGAAUGCGCCUGCGUGCGUGUUAAUAUCACACUCGACUCGGAUGUUUCUAUGAAGUUCGGUUUUUUAAAGGCGCAGCCAGAAAACCGACACUGAUGUCUGCGACACCGGGCGCGGGUCCACGUUAACAUGUUUCCUCGAUGUGUGUGAAGACAGUGAAAGUGAACAACAUGUUGGAAAAAUAAAAUGUCACAUGAUCACAAACA